AUGCCAACUCCUCAAAACCCCUCGCUCGCGAGUUAUCGUCACUGGCUGGUUGAAAAUAUUCCUGGAGACUUGGUGAAUUUUGGAGAUAUAGUUACUUGGUACGAACAGCCGGAACCACCAAUGUAUUCGGAUCCUCACCGAUACAUAUUUCUAGUCUACGAACAGCUGACACAACAGAAGGAUAAUCUCGAUAACAACAUGAGAACCAAUUUCAAUCUGGGGAGAUUUGUAAAAGAUCGGGGUCUUUUGGGACCGAUAGCUGGAAAUUUCUUUUAUCUUAAGCAUUAA